AUGGUGGCACAGCUGCGGUCUAGGGGUAAGGCCGAUGGCUCGUCAGCUGAACCUGAAGCGACAAGGAAAACUCGAAAAUUUACUGGAAGACAGCAGUCAGAGAGACCUUCCGCGCUUAGGCCAACCCUUGAGGUACAGAUUCAUGCCACAGGGUCGAACUCAAGUCGACAAUCAACCAUCCAUGCGAUUCCGCAAGAUCAGCCCUCUCCAAGUCGAAGUCGGGUCACUAGAUCGAAAAGAGCCAAUACUCCUCUUGAAAAACUGCCCUCGCCCGCUCCGAGGAAACGUCGCGCUGCGAAUGUAGGUUCCAAAGACCAGCCCGCCAAGCGCCAGCGCAGUUCUCAUCGCAAACCUGCGCUGGAAACUGCUGAAGAGGAUGAGCCAUCUCAGCUGAAUCAGGAAGACGAAGAAGCCUCCGAAGCGGAAGAAAACGCCCUGCCAGAGCAGGACUUUCUGAACAACAUCAACUCGAGCCUGGGUAUCAACAGUUCUCACAACGAGCUACCCAACCUCCGACCAAACGGCAAUGCCGAAGCACACCCGGGGAGAGCUAGCAGGAAGAUCUUUGAUGUGGGGGUUCCUCAGAUUGCGGACUCGGACGAAAACAUCGCUUUGGACGACAUACCACAGGAGCAUGAAACAGGCGACGCAGAAAAGAACCAAGCUUCAGCUAGAAAUCCCGAGCAACCAGAAGUGUCGCAUGAAGAAACGCCAGCGUCUAAGCAAGAGGCCCCUCAAGCGACGCAAGGAAUGCCACCUUCUGAUACACCUUCUCGAAGGCGAACGUCACGACGAAAAAACAGACGACAGAGUCAGAAGCCGACUUAUGGCGCACCUCAUUAUGAUGCAAGGGGUGUGUCCCCAGAUCUUGGUUCAGUGGUUCCUCAAGCGCCAGCCACACAGGUAUCAACAUCGCAACAAGUCCACGCUGGGGGUGAUAUAUAUGACGUUCCGUCCGACCAAGAGCAGCCAAGUCAGCUGAUAGUGGAAAGGGGGGAAAGGGAUGUCACACAGGCUGUAGGCAGACGGAAAACUGAUCAGAGCAAACGAAAAAGCAGUCAACCUGAGCAACAAAGCGAUCAAGCAUCAUCGCAGGCUGAGGAAGAGCAAGAAGAAGAGAGAAAUGAAGAGAGUGCCAGAAAGAAAGAUAGGAAUGGAGAUCAAGAGGGGGAAUAUGAGGAUGACGCUCAAGACUCCGACAAUGAUGAGCCGGCAGCAGAACAAGAGCCUGGUAUAUCGGAUCCGCUUGAAGACUCGUUGCUGCUCGACGCACCACCGAGUGGUUCGCAAACAGCGCACCUAAUUCCUACCGCCUGGAUAAAACGAGACUCAGUACAGAAACUCGUUUGGACCACAACCUACUCAGGGUGGAUGGAUGGAAGAAAGUGGCAGAAGGAUGUUCUUAAGCACGCAAAAACCGCCUCUAAAGCAUUGGAAGAGCAACCCGACAAACGUAUACGAUCGAGGCUUAUCUUGGCUAAACUUUACAGCCUCUACGAACUAUGCAAGAAUAUCCCCUCAUCGUCAAAAUCAAAGCAGCUGGAAUACUUUCGCGAGCACACAGCCCAGCUCAGUAGUUUACUUACCACACUUCGCUUGACUAUUGAUGAGUUCAUUUCAUGCAUUAACAUGAUAAUGGAGCAGGACAAUGCGAAUCAAGUGAGCCAGGGCUAUCAAUAUGUGACGAAGUUGCACAGACGUAUCAUUCCUAUGCUUGUUCUUGUAUUAGAUCAGUCUUUCCAGGCUGGAUGCGGAAGACCUGGUGAAAGUACCAAAAAGCUAGGCUUUCAAAAAGGAGAAUUCACGGUGUACCUACUACAGCCACUGGAGAGGGCUGCAGGCUGGGUCCAGAGACUCUCCCAGGUUGUGGAAAGCUGGUACGAGCUUCAUCCCCCCAGAAGAGAACGUGAUCAAGACGAGGAGGCUAAGGAGCAUCGGAGACUCUUCAGGGAAGCUACAAAGCAGCUCAAGAAAUCGCUCGAAAAGGCCAGGGAAAGCAUUAAUGCUAUUAAGAGAGCACCGGCACAACAAAGGAAAGUUAUGCAGAAGGAUGAAGCUGUUCGGAUGGAACGCCAGGCUGAUGCGCAGCGGCGCAGAGACAUCCAAGAUAUUCAGAUGCAGCGUUUUCUACAAUCGAUGCAAAAGAUUGAAUCAUCUCAACCGCGGCCGCCCACGAUACGCUCAUAUCGACAGACAGUACGCAGCUAUCAUCCCGUGACCAGUCAGUCAGGCUUGGUUAGAUCGCAAGAGCCAUCAGAUGGUUCAUAUUUUGAGAAGCAUGGCUGGUAUUACUGGGAAGAUGAUAAGCUCUUAAGCUUAAUUCGAACCACAUCCCACCCGAACUACGAGGUCUUCCACCAGGUGCUUCCUAAUCGAGAGCCUGAGGAGCUGAAAGAGCGGUCAAAAUAUUUGAGGAUGGUCAUGCGCGACAAGUAUGAGCGAAAGGGUAUCCAACCACCUGGAUGGUGUGUUGAUGAAGAUUGA